AUGUCAGCAACACAAACAACAACAGAAAAAGCUGAAUUAUUUAAAAUUGCCGUAGUUGGGAGUGGAGGUGUUGGAAAAAGUGCCAUUACGCUCCGAUUUGUUAAUAAUACAUUCGUUGAUUAUUAUGAUCCGACCAUUGAAGAUAGUUAUUCGAAACAAGUGCUUGUUGAUGGAAAAACUGUAAAACUAGAAAUUUUGGAUACUGCUGGACAAGAAUAUGAAAUAUUACGUGAUUCCUAUAUGAGAAAUAAUGAUGGAUUUAUUCUAGUUUAUUCCAUGGUUGAUCGUUCAUCAUUUGAGGAAUUGGAGAAAAAGUUUAUGAAUCACAUUGUUCAAUGUAAGGAUGGAAGUAUGGAUGUACCAAUGGUGCUUGUUGGAAAUAAAUGUGAUUUGGAAUCAAGUAGACAAGUUCAAAAGAGUGUUGGAAGAGACAUGGCUAAAAAGUGGAAUAUCCCAUUUUUAGAAUUGUCUGCAAAACAAGGAACUAAUGUACAGGAAUGUUUCCAAGCAAUUGUUAGACAAUUGAGAGAAAUGAAUGAGGAAGAGGAUGGUCAACCAAAGAAAGAUACUACUGAUGGACAAAAGAAGUGUCUGAUUAUGUAA